UACUCUCUUAUCUGAUAAAGAUUGAUUUAUUAUGAACUUUAUGAGUGUCAGAUUAAUAUAAGGUUAUGAAUUAUUAUGGACUGUUAUUUACUGAAGAAAAUGUCUGAUGUGAUUUUAUUCUGCUUGUGUUUCUGGAGUCUGCUGGGUGUGUUUGGUAUUGAGUUUGUGUCAGUGACUGAAGGAGAUCCAGUGACUUUAUUUGUCAGUCUCACUGAAACACAGAUUAAAGAGGGAAUCUACUGGAGGUUUGGACCUGAAAUCACCAUAGCUGAAAUUGAGGUUGGUGGCAAAUAUAUCCAUUUAUAUGAAGAGAGAGCUGAUGGGAGAUUCAGAGACAGACUGAAGUUGGAUCACAGUGGAUCGCUGACCAUCACAAACACCAGAACCACAGACGCUGGACUUUAUCAACUAAUCAACACCUACACAAACACCCAACACAACAUAUUCAAUCUUACUGUCUAUGCUCGUCUGCCCGUUCCUGUCAUCAGCAGAGACUCUUCAUCAUCAUCAAGCUCAAUCUGUUCAUUAUUGUGUUCAGUGUUGAAUGUGAGAGAUGUGAGUCUGUCCUGGUACAAAGGAAACAGUUUAUUGUCCAGCAUCAGUGUGUCUGAUCUCAACAACAACAUCUCUCUUCAUCUGAAGUGUCUGGAUGAUUCUUACAGCUGUGUACUCAACAAUUCAAUCAGUAAUCAAACUCAACAUCUCAAUACUGAUCUCUGUCAGAUGUGUUCAGAAGAGAUCUGCUCCUGUUGUGGUUUUACUGAAGCUGUGAUCCAAUUGGUCGUCUCUGUUCUGGUGGGUGUGGCUGCUGUUGGUUUUGUUGUUUAUGACAUCAGAUCCAGAAGAGAUGAAGAGAAGAGGAUGAGAUCAGAUAAACCCCACUAAACCUCUUCAGUUCAUUUAUUAUAGUUAUCACACAUUAUUCAUUAUAUCUCUACACAAUCUUUAUUAUUUCUUUAAAAUUCUUCAUUUAUUCAGCUCGACUGUUUUCUUAUUAAAUAUUAUUGUGGAUCCAAACUUUAUUCAGCUUUGAGUUUCUUCAUCGGUGUUUAUUGGAAAAAUCUCAUUUUAUUGAUCAAUGGACUCUAUGCACGGCGGUGCUUGACGUAUUUCCGGUGAAAUCUCAGGAUGCUGGACUACUUCCGCCAGUCAUAGAGCUCAAUGAUAUUCAGGAACGCCAAAAUAGCCAAAAUAACACUGCAAAUUUUGUUGAUGCUUGUUUAAUUUACAUAGAAAUAACUUAUACUUCACAUUUAAUACCAUAAUGACAUUUUAACGUAUGGAAGUAUAUUUUAAUAGACGGGAGAACCGAACUUCUAGCCACCACUGGUGUGUGUCAUAGUGUUUACAGCAUUAGACUCAAGCAUGACAACUUCUACACUGCUACCCUGUAUCUGCAUUAACACUAGUUUUAGAAAGAAAUUGCACUGAUAACAGUGCUAUUCAUCUGUUGUUGAUAUACUUAUGAAUUUUGUAUAAUUGUUAUCAUCAGUACUAGCGAAGAUAACAUCUGUGGUUAUACAAGCAAAAUGUUAGAACAGUAAAAAACGUGUAUUUUGCGCAUUUAUGUAUGCUUAAUUAAUAACAAAUUCAAAAGACAAAUAGAAAAUUCAUAUCGAUGACAACAAGAAUAACUUCAGAGAAAAAUAAAACACACACACAACAAACUAAAUACACGGGGUAUUAAAAUAAACAAACAGCACAAGAAAUAAACAAAUAAUGGAAUAGAUUUCUUAAAUGGACUUUACCAUAGUCAAUAGUUCUUUUUGCGUUGUUAUUUAUAUCCUAUAAAGUUCCAAGAUAUAACUCAAAAAUAUCCAAGUAAAAA